AUCGAGAAAGUUGAAUUUGAAAAUUUACUUAUUAUAGAAUAUCUAUGAGACUUUCAAAAACUUUAAAUUCAUAAAAUAAAAUUCACAUUAUAUACAAACACGAUAAACAAUAUCUAUUGGAUAAUUAAAGCCUUAAAUGAAAAAAUUUUAUUCUGUUCAUGAGAAAUCGCUCCAUGCCCUUUUAUGUAUUAUCCGGUAUUUAGCUAGUUAUGUCGAAAAAUUAUUAAUUUUAUGAGAUAUUUUAAUCUUAAUUCUACAUUGUCCAUUGUAUGAAAGACGAAGAAAGACGGGGACAAUACUUUUGUGCUCAUACUUUUCUUUUCUUUCGUAAAUUCUUACAGAUUUUAUAAAAUUAAAGUUAAAAUAUCUCCUAAAUUAAUAACUUUUUUUUAUAGAGAAUAUCAAGCUACAUAAAUUAACGGAUCAAAAAUAUAUCACACGUUUAAAAAAAGUGGAGGUGACAAUUUACACUAGAUUAUAAUCCCAUUGAAACCAUUCAUUUCUCAUAUAUUUUUGUACGACGGACAAUUUGCAUUUUUGUAGUAAUUUGCAUUUCUGAUCAAGAUUUGACACUCUGUAUACAUUACAUAUAUAAUUCAAAGGCAGUUAUAGUUUGUUUUCCUACUACAGGCAAUAACGGCUGGAGUGAUUGUCAACAGAAAUCAAAACGAUAAUAUUAUUAAAUGUUACUGGAUAAUCUUAAUAUUCAUUUAAAUGUUUUAUUAUGUGGUUGUGUUUAAGCAUUUGAAAAAUAAUGUCAGAAUGAUUAAGAAAUAAUUAAUUAAUGUAAUUAUUGAAUUUUGACAUGCGGAUGACUGCAUUCCUGUGUCAGAAAAUUUCUAAUUUGUAACGCUGGGACGGCGGUAUGAUCCUCGUUAGAUUCAAUGAUUUCUCCCUCUUUAUCGUUGUUUACUUCCAAACAUUUAUAAUCGUUUCAAUAAUUCUCUAGUGUUCAUAGAGCGUCCGCUUUGGAAUUUUCGCUUAUUUUUAAAUUAACUUUCGUUUGUGUUUGUUGUGUAUUACAAAUUCUGUAGCAUUUUUUGCACAGAUAUAUUCAUAGAAAUGAGUAAACGAGAAGGGUUAAAACGAAAAAUAAAAGACGACUCAUCUGGAUCUAGUGACGUUUCAAGAACGGUCGAUCCAGUUCCCAAAAAAGAAAAAGUAGACAUUGAAACUGAAUCUUCGGAAACGACAUCGGACGUUUCGCAAUUAACGAAUGUCGCCCUAAUACAUACGCCAUCAUAUUCGUCGGAAUCUUCGCUGCAAUCAAGUUCGAGAGACUUGCCACCUGUAGAUUUCGAUAGUGAUUCGGAUGAAAUUGAAUCUGAGAAUGGCGCAGAGGAAGAAAUCAUCCUGCCAUUUAAAUUCCUUCAUAUAACCUUCGAAGAGUCAGAUGAAGAAUUGGAAGAGCCACCGCUUGCUUCGCAAGUAGUUCACGAGUUUACUAAUGAAAAUCCUGGCCAGGCUCAGUUUCCAUUCAAAGGCACGGCAGGUGUGUUCGCACUCGAAUAUCCAAAAACACCUAUUAAAUUUUUCCGACUGAUUGCAAAUGAUGCUUUCUUAACGUGCAUUAUAUCGAGAAUUAACUUCUUGGGGAAUAAACUGAAGACAAGUGCUAUUAAAGAAGAGAAAACAUCUCGGUUCCACAAUUGGCAACCAAUUACGCAGAAAGAGUUUGAAAGGUUUCUAGCCAUUAUCUAUCUAAUGGGUCAAAUUAAGGCUACUGAAUUAUCUUGGUACUGGAGGAAGUCCCGAAUUUAUCAGUGUCCCAUCUUUGUCACUGUCAUGCCUAAAAGUAGAUUUCUGGAGAUUCUACACGUAUUCCACAUCGAUUGUAAGUUGGAAGAAGACCAGGAUAUAGAUGAACCUUCGGACCAAAUGAAUCCUCUUGACAUUUUUAAUAAUAAUAUGAAAGAAAUUUAUUAUCCAACAAAGGGUCUUACUAUUGACGAGUCUGUUAUAUCGUUCCGAUCACAACUUUAUUUUCGUCAAAAUGCUGCCAGUAAAAAGUGUAAAUAUGGAUUGAAAAUAUAUACGUUAACUGAGCCGAUUGGACCGGUAUUGAGAAUACACACACAUUUGCAUACAAAAGGCAAGGAUAAAAUCAAUACCGAUCAGAUUAUCCAUAAACUUGUUUCCGAUUUUGAAGGACGAGGGCAUGUUAUUUAUUUGGAUGAGACCUUUGCCAAUUACACCCUUGUGAAGAGUUUAUUAGAAAAAAAGACAUACGCACUAGGAGUACUCAAAAAAUCUGGGCUCGAUAAACCCGCUGAUGUUGUAAAUGCUGUUUUGAAUACGGGUCAGGUUUUUCAACAGUUCUCCCCUGAAGGCAUUUGUCUGAUGAAAUACAAACACACCGAGAAGGAUAGUGUUAUCAUGAUUUCUUCCGAACGACCGGCGACUAUGGCGUCAGUGAUAAUGAAAGGGAAAAUGAUAGAAAAACCACGAAUAUUUCUCGAUUAUAAUACAGUAAUGGAUAGUGCUGAAAGAACUGAUGAAUUUUUUAUGUUUUAUCCGUGUGACCUAAUAAAGGGACUCCUAUUGACAACCAAAUUUGCAAUCCAUAUGUUUCAAAUAAUUCUGUACAAUAGUUAUCUCUUGUGUUGUCGUUAUUAUAAAGUGAAAUUUUCAAAAUUCAGAGACAGCACGAUUAAAGCGUUGUUACGUUCUACAGUAUCAUUAGACCUUGAAACAUCAUUAAAGCGUGAACUGCAAAGGAAUCGAAUACAUGUGCCAGUAAUCGUUGAAGAAGACGAGAAAAAAUUUUGCAUCGUUUGUCAGAACGAAGGUCAACAGAGAAAAGAAACGAAAUUAAAGUGUUCUAAUUGUUCGGGUAAACCAGGAUUGUGUGUGGACCAAUGUUUCAGAAGGUACCAUAACUAUUAUUAGACGCGUAAACAAGUCUUAAAGAAAUUCGAAAUUCUUUUUUAAAAAU